ACUAAACACUGUGAUUUCAUUGGCUAACGCUCAGUCCCAGUUUAUUUCCGGAAGUAACUUGACAGAAUCAGAUUUUCCGUCACAUCACCCAUAACAAACGUCACAAGAUUGACAUUAUAGGCGUUCCUUCACCCAGGAGAUGGCACACUGGUUUCACCGAAAUCCUCUUAAGGCUACAGCGCCUGUGUCCUUCAAUUUAUAUGGUGUUGCAGGGAGCCCCGCUGCAAAUAAAAUCUGCAAUGACCUAAGGACAACCAGGGCAAGGCUGCUGGAAAUGUUCACAGAUGUCACCUGCAAUGCAGAGAUCAUGAAAAGUGCCUCAGAUGCAUAUUUCUCCCUCCUACAAUGCUUCAUUGUAUCCUUGGAUGGAACUACACAGGACAACAAGAUGAGAUACAUUCAGAACUUCAAAUGGACUGAUACUUUACAAGGGAACACACCAAGCGCCCAACAAGAUGCAAUCUUUGAGCUGGUCUCCAUGGCCUUCAAUGUAGCGCUUUGGUACACCAAGUUCGCCUCAAGGCUUGCUGGAAAAGAAAAUGUCUCAGAGGAUGAAGCAAAAGAUGUUCACCGCAGCCUGAAAGUUGCUGCUGGAAUCUUCAAAAAUCUUAGGGAGUCGCACAUCCCUCGUCUCAUCACCCCUGCAGAAAAAGGUAGGGACCUGGAUCCCAGAGUGAUUGAUGCAUACAUCAUCCAGUCUCAGGCAGAAGCUCAAGAAGUGACAAUCGCCAGAGCCAUUGAACUGAAGCACAACGCUUCAAUUGUCGCAGCGUUGGCAUCUGAGACGGCAAACUUUUAUCAGAAAGCUGAUCACACUCUAAAUACUUUAGAGCCUGAGUGUAGCACCAAGUGGAGGAAGUAUCUCCAGUUGAAGUUUUACUUCUACAUGGCUUAUGCAUACUGCUAUCAUGGACAGACACUGCUGGCGAAGGAUAAGUGUGGUGAGGCCAUACGAUCUCUCCAAGAAGCAGAGAAGGCUUAUAACCGUGCUGAGGAAUUGUGUAAAGAGUAUCGUCUCACCAAAGGUCCAGGAUCCACAGCAAAACCAUCUGAACAGCUUUUCUUUCGCAAAUUGGGUGGCUUCGUUAAGAACACACUGGAAAAGUGUCAGAGAGAAAAUGGCUUCAUAUACUUCCACAAGGUCCCAACUGAACCUCCCCAGCUAGAGUUGAAAGCCAACUAUGGCUUGGUGGAGCCAAUCAUCUUUGAGCUGCCAUCUCCCAAUGAGCAGUGUACUCCGGAAGUUUAUGCCACUUUUGACCUGACCAAGGGAGCCAAAAAUGACAAGGCCAAACCUAAAGAGGAGGAAGUAAAACCAAUGAAGGAACCCGAUUUAAAGCCCCAGAAAGACACUGGCUGCAUCAUUUCCUAAAUAUAUUUGUCAUUCCUCUCAUGCUGCAGCAGCAUUCAGUAUCCACACAAUUUAUCCUCUCUUCUUUUACAUGUAUGCUGGAAUGUGUUUGUGUAUUUGAAUAUAACAUCACAAUCAUUAUUGUCAUAUCUGGUUAUGGACUUUUUUUUUUUUUUGAGCUCAUAGUAAAGCCCAAGUAUUUGUGA